CGCCGCCGCCGAAGAGGAGAAAGGUGGGAAUCGGCAGCGGGUGUCGAGCGGUGUGCGCGGAGUGUUGCCUACGUGCGGGGAGCACGACACUCGCCGUCUCUUUCUCUCUCUCUCACUCUCUUUCUAUCUUUCUCUCUUUCUCUCUCUCUCUCUUUCUUUUUCUCACUCCCUUUCUCUCUCUCUCCCCUUUUUUUCCCCUCGUUCUCGCACAAUUUCUCUCCCCCAUUUUUACCGAUGUUCCGUUCGAGAUUUGUGUGUGUUCCUUUAUGAAGGCUCGUUAUUGCCGCGCCAGGCCGCGCCGUACGAUCGUCCCGCAAGCGGCGCGCACUUAUGCCCGCGUCCGACCCGCGGCCGGCCGAUAAUGCCCGUUAUCGUCGCCGCGCGACGAGUUACGUGACCCGCGACACGCCGCGCGUUACGGGAGUCUACGUCCGCGGGCACGGCGACGGGCACCGGCGACCGAGUAGCACUACCGGUCCCCGUGACGUUGCGCCGACGACGACGACACGACCGUGGGGUGACGGCCGAUGAUGAUGGAUCGUAACGCGAAACUGUAGCCCCCCCUGCCCGCGCAGUUCGCGAGAUCGUCGCAAUCACACCGGGGCAUCCUCGAUAUAUUAUACCCUCCCCGGCAUUGGCGGCACGACGGCUGAGGCUCGGCAGUGGAUCGCGGGGGAUCGUGUCCACGUAUCCUCUCUCUCCAGCUUCAUAUCGUUGACCAUACUCAGCCCGCGUCUCUCGCGAGACGUUUCGAUCUGAUCCGCGGAGAUCCGCAGAAUCGGAGGAACCGCGAAGGAACCGCUUGAGGUGUCACUCCCCUCCCGCUGUCCCCCUGCCACUGAACGAGAGCGCGCGGAUUGUGCCGACCGCGCUGAAGCGCGAGAAACUCUCUGUGAAGUUUAACGCCGUUCAAAAGUGGUGCCUAAAAGCGUGAUUUGAUAACCGACGACCCGGGGGAGGGGGGAGGAAGAGAGAAAAUUUAAUCAGUGCCUAUAUAUCAUGCAUCGUACGUGCAACUGCAAUCGCGAGAUUGAUUCGAAUCGACUCGAUCGAUCUUAAGCCUGUACAUAUACGCGCAUUUUGGAAUAAGUACGAUUGCGAUGCACGUUCUUCGCCACGCGCCGAAGAUCGCACUGUCCAAGUGUCGAAGCGAAGGGAACGGGCGCGGAACGAGCGGCGGCGAGACGGCGGAGGAGACCGCUCGGUAAAAAGCGCGCACACCAGGAGAGGUCUCGAGGUAUCUCUCGAUAAGGCACAUCUCGGGUCAUGAUCGCCGCAUUAGGAGUCAAGUAACGCGUGUACCGUGCCCGCGCCGUGAUAUCGGCCUGCUCCCUCCGUGCGUCCUCCCUCCCUUCCUCCCUUGGAGAGCGUCUCUCCGAUUCGGACUCUGAAAAAACGUUCCACGAGCAGCGGCGCGUCAGCGAUGUCGCGAUUAAUGCUGUGUAACCUUGGCAAUACCUCGGCGGCGGGAAAUGACACGAACAACAACGCGAACACGAACAGCAGUAUGGAGGACGACGAUUCUUAUCCACUGCCUACGAUUUAUCGCUGCCGUGCACCCAUAGCAAGUUUGGAUUGCAUGGAAGAGUUCAACGGCGGCGGCGGCGGCGUCGGAGGCGGCGUAGGCGGUGGCGGCGGCGUAGACUCGGGCGUGCACUGCAGCAACACGACCGGAACGAAAGAACAGCUACUAACUAGCUGCAUUGCCGCACAAGCGCAACGUUUGCAGCAUCCCUCGCCAGGUAUUCGCUACCGCAACUUGGGCAAAAGCGGUCUACGUGUUUCCAAUGUUGGAUUAGGAACGUGGACCACCUUCGGCGUGGGCGGCUGCGGCAGCGAGGAGACCGCGGAGGCCGUCGUGGCCCUCGCCUACGAUAGCGGGAUUAAUGUGUUCGACCUGAGCGAGGCGCACAGCGGUCACCGCGCCGAGAUCCAGUUCGGCCGUAUCCUGCUGAGGCGCGCCUGGAACCGUUCCAGCUACGUCGUCACGACAAAAAUUUACUGGAACACCAAGACCGAGGGUCGCGGGCUAUCGCGGAAACACAUUAUCGAGUCCGUGCAAGCUUCGCUCGUCAGGCUGCAACUGUCGUACAUCGACAUUGUCAUGAUCCACAAAGUCGAUCCAAUGUGUCCGAUGGAAGAAAUCGUUCGCGCGAUGAAUUAUGUUAUAAGUAAAGGUUGGGUGAUGUACUGGGGUACAUCGCGAUGGUCACCCGUGGAGAUUAUGGAAGCCUAUACGAAUUGUCGGCAAUUUAAUUGCGUGACGCCGAUCGUCGAGCAAGCUGAGUAUCAUCUGUUUUAUAGAGAGAAACCCGAACUCUAUAUGCCAGAAUUGUAUAGCAAAAUUGGGGUUGGUUUAAUGGCAUGGUCUACUGUCACCAUAGGGAUGGUCUCUUCGAAGCCGGAAGAUUGCGGAGUAUCGUUCCUCUCGAGAUCGUCUUAUAAAAACAAAUACUCCUCAUUCAGUUGGACGGAGGAUGAAACUCAAUCUUUAUAUAAAGAGGAGUACGCAUGGAAAGACAAAUCUGCAGACGAGGAGACUCGGAAAUAUUCUGACAAAUUGCGGGACGUAUACGCUCUUGCUGAAAGACUAGGGUGCUCUUUCGGGCAAUUGGCCAUCGCGUGGUCUUUAAAGAAUGAAAGUGUUCAGUGCCUUCUACUCGGUGCAUCCAAUAUAGAUCAAUUGUAUGAGAGUCUCCAAAGCUUACAGCUUAUCCCAAAAUUGAACGCGAACAUAAUGAGCGAGAUCGAGAGGAUUCUUGACAACAAACCGUCCCGACCGCCGAUGAUAUCCACUCUGGCGCUUAGAUGACAAUCGAUGUGCCCCCACGGCAGCGGUGGGGGUUCCGUGGAAGAGGCGGGCAGUCCGAAGAGCGAGGGCGGCAAUAGUCAGGAUCAGGAGCAGACCAAGGAGGUGAACCAGAAGAUGCCGUUCUGCGAGAUACAGUGAAACCGCACGCGGAUGACGAACAGACGAACCGUCUCAUUGCUCCAUAUUGGUUGCCCGAUACCGAUCGCAACUUGGGUGGCCAAGGACCGACACGGAUGCGACUCUCGUUUUCGCGUCCCCGCUUUUCAUUUUGGUCGCGACCCGGUGCGGGUCGAAUGCACACACGACCAUGAGUCGACACGACAAUAUUUACAAUUACGAAAGAAAUCCAUCUCUGGAGGCUCGCCGCCCCUCGGCGACGGCGAGAGCAUUCACUCUCGGGGGGGUUACCCCCGCGUACUUCACGCACCGAUUUGUAUCUCUCGUACGUCACGCUCGUGGACACUCGUAGAUACGUAGAUGAUAAACGCGACGCGUUUCAUCGUAAGAACCUCACCUGUCUCCGUUGACGGUGUCGCGCGCUUUCGCGAAAGCAUCUCCGCGGGAACGGUCACACUUGUCCCCGAUCACACCGAGCCGUAAAUUUCUCUCUAAUCUCCCUCUGUCAGGAGAGACUCUAUCCCAUCGGGGAGAUUUCCAUUCGCGAUUCCAAGUGUUCAUUAUUCUUAGCGUUAAUGAUCCCAUUUGCUACACUCGUAGUAAGUAAUCAGGAAUUCGGCAGUGUCGCGAGUCCAUCGAACUACAUUCUGUCUGCCAUUCAUUACAAUUAAAUUCGGACGAUAUAGCACGCACGUCGAUUAUCUAAAAAGUUUCGUCGUAGGUCGUAAGGAUUUUAUCAAGGAUGAUAUGCUAUGAGCAGCGCUGCGUUUUAAGUGCUCUACCAAAUAUUCUUCGUCCUUAACGCGAUUAACAUUUCGCUCCAUCAACUUCGACGUCUAAUACGUAUUUUUUUCAGCUACACGCCGUUGCGCUUGAUUCUUCGCGUUUUAUCCAUCAAUUUACCUCCGCUUCUCUUUCUCCAUCUCUCCUUUUUCUAGUUUGUUUGAGGAUCGAGAUUGCGUUAUAUUAAAAAUAAGAGAUACACGCGCGAUACGUAUGCGCAAGUUUUCCAUAAAAUACAUAUAGCCACGGACUUUUUCGCUCUUACAAAGAAUACUUCGCGCUUGUUUUCAGAACGUAGGUACUGUAUACUAAAGGACGCGAAUGCAGUUGAAGAAUAAAUUAUACAAAGAGUAAUUGCGGAAUAAUCGAUAGCUGACGAUUCCGAUAAUCGAGUUCGAUUCAGUAGAACAAAUUGAGACGAGCGAUUCGUGAAAGUGAAUCGGAACGACAUUUUCAAUUCAAAGUCUGAUUCAGUCCCUGGACUGAUUCUUUAGAGGUAAUCAAUUUCUUAGUGGCUACACUCGAAAUAUUUUCGCUAAAUAUCGCAAACUCGGUCGAAUCCGACAUAUAUAAAUUCUGCAACAUGACAGGUUUUACCGAGGAAUCUUUGAAGAGCCGGACACUAUGUACAAAAGAUCUCUUUACUUCAGUAGACGACCAUUUCUGUCAAGAUAACGUCUGUUUGUUUAUCGCGCAUGAUAGUUUUUCGCUUCGCUUCGCCGUAAAGUGAGACAUAUUUCUGAGAAAAGAUUUAUCUCAAAGAGAGAGGCAAGGUUUGUAAUAAUCUACGAUUAUACCUUUGUGCGCGCGGUAUAUCGUUGCCCCUGAGCAAUAUCCUUUCGACUCAUCUUGCCGUUCCCUUAUGCCAAAAUGACGGAGAGUCACCAGCGGAUGCGAUUCGUGCCAACCACACAAAGCGCCGUUUCGCCGAUCACUCGGAACAUUGCUCAAGUGUACGAUCGAGAGAAAAUUUCUCGCUCCCGUAAAAAUGGUAUGAAUCCGUAUAUCGAAAUGUAUACAAACCCAAAAGAAUCGUACACACUCUGGGAUCUGUAUAGAAUCUACAGUUAAUUUAUUAAAUUAGUUUCAACCAAAGGCUUCGACAAAAUCUUUUCUUUGCGAUUGUGUGUAUGCCAAGAUCAAAUCUCUCUCGAAUUAAAAUUAACCCUACAUUACUCAUGCGAUUUUUUUAACGUAAUUACUCGCGCGGGGUGUAUUUCAUUACUCAACAUUAUAUCUCAAUUUUUAUUGUUCUCUUUGAUAAUUUACAGUUAAAUGAAGGUUGAUAAUAUUCUACAUGUCUUCUGAAGACAAGUGCAAAAAUUCCUCCUUAAUUGCGAAACAAUUUAUUGUUGCAACAUUCAUCAUCAAUCAAAAAGUCAUCAAUCAAUAAAAGUCAUAAAUCAAGAUCAAUAAAAAAAGUUUUUACUCUGUAAGUUUAGUAGAUUUCUAUGGCUGUAUUUUACGCGCGAGUAACAUAGGGUUAAUUAUCUGUAAUCGUUUAUUUAUAACUUCCCCUUUCAAAUGAAGAACAAAUCAGAUCCAUUUUUACGCGUGGGAGUUUUCCUAGUAUACUGUAACGAUAUUAUUGACAUUCCGCUUAAUCUCGUCAACUCGAUGAUAAAUGCCAAGUUUCUUAGGAAUGUGCAAUGUUGCAUGCUGAUGAUAAAUGCUCGCGGAAAAGGAAAAUAAAGGGGGGGAUAUAAUGAAAGCUGCCAGUACACUUUUAUCGCGUCCGAUGCGGUUUCUUCAAGCUAAACUUUCGUCCAACACGUGACAUAUGGUACAGCGACGUAGGUCCCAGUGUAAAUACUUGGAGGUGAUAAAAAGGGGUGUCACGAUAAAUCAAAAAACAUAAAAUAUCGCGCACCAAGUAUCGAGCGAAUUAUAUAAUAUUCGCGUAGCAAUAUAUGCUUACAAACACGAUACGCAAAGUGCAAAAAUUACGAUCUCAUCGGCGGGGAAAACAUCGAGCGUCAUCAAUGCGCGGGUCAUGGUAUCGUCCGUUAUUUUUUUUUUUUACAUUUCCGAAUAUUUAUCAGUCGCACUGCAAACCGUCUGUACAUGACGCAUGUAAGAAUCGCUCCUGUUGCCGACGAUAAAACCGUCGUUGUACGUCGCCUGCGAUCGAAAGGAACGUCGAGAGCUAUCAGAGAUAAAGCCGUCCUCACGCGGUGCAUCAUUUUCGUGCCUUCUUCCUCUUAUUUUGAUCGAUGAAUUGUGCGUACAUUGCUCGAAGCGCUGUAUGCAGUCAUCACUCCGAAGCUGGUGAAUCGGUUGCAUUGUGACGUUCAUAACGCGUAAUGAAGAAGCGUCACAAAUUGAGAUAGCCAAAUCUGUUUGACACCAGAUUUUUAAAGUGUCUACUAAAUAUUUAAUGACAGAUUGACUGCAGAAACCGAGCAGAAUCUGUCGGUUCGUAAUUUAAAUGAUGUAUUCCAUUAAAAAAUUUACGAAAUCACGAAUUCUGUCUACAAUUGUCAGAUUGUAUCAGCAAGCUCUGCCGUGGCGAAACACUUAUAGUUUAAUGCAUAGGAUAAUAUCGGAUCUAUUGUAAUAUCUGAGCAAAUCUGCUGCUAAUCUGUUGUCAUAUACUCCGGGCAGUUUGCUUAUUAAAAAUACGAAUAAAUUCAAUAAACGAUGGCGUUUGUAUCUAAAUUCAGCAGUGAAGGAAACUGGUCGCGAUGCGUCUGACUUGAAACACAAUUGUUUACUUUGCUACCAGUCAGUCAUAUAACUCUGUUGAGUCUGUUGCCAACGUUUUAAUUGAUACAUUCAAGGAAACGAGGCACGAAAUAAUGUACCGUACCAAACAUACAGAAAUCAUGCGUGUCCCGCUCAAUGUAUGGAGGUGUCUAUGUCUAAUGCGUCGAAACAGGCACAGCGACGUGUGAGCUAAUUAUGCAGGAAAUUAUACACCGUAGGAUGGCUUAACGAGAAUACGGCAUUAAUACCUGAAGCGUGCCUGAAAACGUGCGGAGAAAAACAGCGAGAGAUCGACGACCGCUUAUCGGCAUCACCGUAAAACUGGACGCUAAACUAUGUAAUAUUCGCGAUUCGUGAGUCGUGUAGUAAUUUAUUGAAAAUUCGUUAUUCGCGGACUUUCCACACGCGAACAGUGGUACUUUAUCGUUACUACGUACCGAUUCGCGAUGACGCGUUCUUUGAUUUCGUCGAAAAAUCGUUCCACUGACGAAUUAGCGCGAAUAACGAAUAACGAAUUUGAAUUUGACAAAAUUUCUCUUAACGCUAUUCACGAAUGUGCGAAUACGCGGAUAGUCUCGCGCCAGCUUUAAAGUAAAAUAGCGCGACGGCAAACAAAUGAAAUCGGACGUUCACUCAAUCGUAUAUAAAUAUGAUUUUAAUACGCCAUCAGCUUUUUAUGGGGCAAAUCUCUGUAAUAUCGCACUUUACAGCCGCAAAAAUCCGUCCUAAUAUUACAAAUCGGGAAGGAUGUAUUUACAGAAAUUGUUUUUAAUUAAUUGCAAUUAUUGCUUUGCAUUGUUUCGUUAUCGUGGCUUAUAAUGUUAUAUUAUAUUGCAGAUCGAAUGAGCUCAAUUAUAUAUUCAAGAGCAGAGGGAUUUCCCAACA